AUGGCAGAAACCGAGAAUUUCGUCUCUCAACUCCCCCAGCCCACCCGGCAUGGGGUCCCUUCACCUCAGAAAGCUCUGGCAGAAGUCACAGCAUCGGCCACCAACUCCCGAACUGCCAUGCCACCUCCAGGAUUCACCGGCCACAAGCGACAGGGCUCAAAUCUACCCGAGCCGAGUGCCAAAAGAAAGACACUUGCUGAGCGCGCCGGCGAACCUGUCAGAACCAUUAUUGCGGCUCCAAAGACCAGUACCAGCACGGGUACCGGACUAUUGCCCACCUUUCAGUCUCGCAAUCCUUCAACAUUCUCGCAAUCAUACCGGAGCACCUCCAGAAACACCUCAAACUCUUCGGCGGUGUCUACGUUCUCGGCUAGCGUGGUGGCGUGGGACCCCGAAGAAAAAUUUGGCAACAUCGAGAGAAUGUAUGAAGAUGUCUGCAAACAUUACAAGGAAGCCAUGGAAGACAACAUGGAAGCAAAAGAGAUCAACAACACUUACAAGUCCACCAUCGCGAAUCUUGAGCAAGAUCGGAGAGAUGCCACCGAAGCUAUGAUCGCUCUCAGGUGUGAACUUGAAACUACCAAAUUUCGCCUGCAAUCUGCCGAGCGAGGGACCCAGGAGCUCAAACGAGACCAAGAGGCCGAAAUUGAAACCGUCAAACAUCAGCAUAGAACAGAGCUCGAAUGUGUUCGCCAAUCCCAUCGAGAGGAUGUGGAGCGAUUGAAGGCGGACCACAGAGAGGAGAUUCGCGAGUUGAAGAAACGGUUGGAAGACGAACUCGAACAUGAACGGACGCAGCGGAUCCAGGCAUUGAGCCAGGUGUCCACACAAGAAGCUCUGGAGAGACAACGACAUCAAAUGGAUCUCGAAUCGAAAGAACACGAAAUACGGAGUUAUCAUCUGGAGAUUGAUCGACUCAAGGCGGAUCUUGAGAGAGAAAAACUCCUCAACGAUGAUCUCCGCCGCAAUCUGUCCACGGCAGGUGACAACGCAAUGAGCAUGGAAAGUGCCCGCCAAGCGCUCCAGGCUAAGAUUGAGUACCUGGAAUCAGACAGCAAGUCUCAGUCUGAAGCGUAUGCUGCGAUGGAGAGAAGGAUGAAUGAAGCUUUGGAGAAAGCGACAGAGUGUGAAGAGAAGCUCCGGAAGGAAGAACUCCUUCGACGCAAACUGCACAACCAAGUGCAAGAAUUAAAAGGCAAUAUUCGAGUCUUCUGUCGUGUCCGACCCACCAACGAAAGUGAAGCCGGCGAAGAGACGGCAAAGAUCACAUUUCCCGAGUCGGACGAAGAAGUCAGAGACAUUGAAAUCAAAGGCCCUGAGGAGACCAACAGCCUCGGAAAAGUGACGACAAAGACACAUCAGUUCACAUUUGAUCGAGUCUUCGACCCGUGCAGCAGCAAUGCGGAAAUCUUUGAAGAGAUCAGCCAACUCAUUCAGUCCGCGUUGGACGGCUACAAUGUCUGCAUAUUUGCCUACGGGCAAACCGGCUCUGGAAAGACGUUCACCAUGUCUUCUGAAGACGGCAUGAUUCCACGAGCCUUGCGACAGAUAUACGCUACAAGCAAAGAGCUAGAAUCUCGGGGUUGGAAAUACACCAUGGAAGGCAGCUUUGUUGAAGUAUACAACGAAGAGCUGCGAGACCUUCUGGGGAAAGACUCCGACAACGUGAACAAAAAACACCAAAUUCUUCAUGACAGCACGACGUGUGAAACCACUAUCACCGACGUGACCACCGUCAGCCUUGACAGCCAAGAUCAAGUCGAAGGCAUCCUUGCGCAAGCGAUGUCCCGUCGCUCAGUGGCCGCCACAAAAGCUAACGAGCGCAGUUCUCGAAGCCACUCUGUUUUUAUCCUCAAACUUGCCGGCUAUAACACAGUGACGGGCAAGAGGACCAAGGGCACGCUAAACUUGGUCGACCUCGCCGGAUCAGAAAGACUGUCUCAUUCCAAGGUCGAAGGUGCCCGGCUCAGAGAGACACAAAACAUCAACAAGUCGCUCUCCUGUCUAGGCGACGUCAUUGGGGCACUUGGCCAGCAGCAGGCCAACGGCGCAUUCGCCUCUCGAGAGAGUAGCAACAGUGCCGGCUCCAACCUGUCGUCCGCCACAGGAGCAGGCGGAACACACAUCCCUUACCGAAACAGCAAACUCACCUACCUGUUGCAGUACAGUCUAGGUGGGAACAGCAAGACCCUGAUGUUCGUCAUGGUCGCACCAGAGAAGAAGUGUCUCGCGGAGACGCUCACGAGUCUGAAGUUUGCCGACAAGGUAUCGAAGACGAAGAUUGGGGUGGCAAGGAAGACGGCAGGUGGGAAGUGA